UGAAAGGGGACUGAAGCAUAGUUAUUUACUACUCAUGAAAGGAGCGGUAAAAAAUGGCCCAGAACAAGAGUGCAGGAGUGAAGGAGACAUCCACAACGUCUCUACGUGAAGCCAUUAAGCAAUGGGAGGAUAACAACAAUAUCAAAAUCAGCGACGUUGAGGAAGUCAAACUUGUCGGCCUCUACCCUCCUCUGGAGAAGCUUGAUCAGCACAUGCAGACCUUAUCACACGUACAGAAGCUGUCGCUCUCAACAAACGUCAUCGAGAAACUGGCUAACUUCAAUAACUUCCGCAACCUGCGCGUGCUGUCUCUGGGUCGCAACAACAUCAAGAGCCUCAGUGGCCUGGAGGCCGUGGGGGAGACGCUAGAGCAGCUGUGGAUCUCCCACAACCUCAUUGAGAAGCUGAAGGGCAUCAGCGCUCUCAAGGAGCUCAGGGUUCUCUACAUCUCCUGCAACCUCGUCAAGGACUGGGCCGAGUUUAUGAAGCUCGCCGAGCUGCCGGCGCUUGUCGAACUCAACUUCGUCGGCAACCCAUUGGAAGAGAAGAUGACCGCAGAAGGAGGCUGGCGGGAGGAGGUGCUCAGGAGGCUCGUGUCGGUACAGAAGUUGGACGGACUGCCGCUCAUCAGGGAGGUCUCUGACGACGUCUUCAGGGAGCCGCUGCCCUCAGGGACCGACCUCGACCACAAUGAUGAUGAUAGCGCCCCAGCGGACCCAAUCACUGCCAUCCACGCUGACGCAGUUGGCGACGACGGAAACUGAAAUUAGGUCAGAGACCAGCAGGUGUGUUCAAUGAGGCGAAGUUCCUGCAGGAGCUAUUCAAUGAGACCGAAGUUCCUGGAGGUUGUGUUCAAUGAGACCGAAGUGCCUGGAGGUUGUGUUCAAUGAGACCGAAAUUCCUGGAGGUUGUGUUCAAUGAGACCCAAGUUCCUGCAGGUGGUGUUCAAUGAGACCGAAGUUCUUGCAGGUGGUGUUCAAUGAGACCGAAGUUCCUGCAGGUUGUGUUCAAUGAGACCGAAGUUCCUGCAGGUUGUGUUCAAUGAGAUCGAAGUUCCUGCAGGUGGUGUUCAAUGAGAUCGAAGUUCCUGCAGGUGGUGUUCAAUGAGACCGAAGUUCCUGCAGGUUGUGUUCAAUGAGACCGAAGUUCCUGCAGGUGGUGUUCAAUGAGAUCGAAGUUUCUGCAGGUUGUGUUCAAUGAGAUCGAAGUUCCUGCAGGUGGUGGUCAAUGAGACCGAAGUUCUUGCAGGUGGUGUUCAAUGAGACCGAAACUCCUGCAGUUGGUGUUCAAGAACACAGAAGUUCCUCCAGGCGUAUCAAUAAGACCGCAGUUACUGCCACUUCACGAUCAAUGAGAUCGUGAAGUUCCUUCCACUAUUGGCCCUGAGGCCAAAGUUACCGUUUUCGAAAUAUUCUUCAUAUUUCUCCUCGUCAAAAUAAAGUGUACAUAUUUCCUUCUUAAGUGUUAUUUAUUUCAGAACAAUGAUCGUAUCUAGUACGAAGAUCGUCAAUGGUUCAAUAAUUUAUCUUAAAUAAGGAUAGUGAGCGAUAUGAUUGUCUUACUGGCAUAUGACAGUAAAAAGUACAAUAUUGGAAUAUAGCUUUACUAGCAACUAAUUAAUAUCUAUUUUAAAUCAUUACACAUCGGAGCUCCAGAGUAUGCUUUGUCAGCUGAUCAUCAUGUAUCGGCUGUAAGGGAGAACAAUCGAAGGCUUAGGUCAAGUAGAUCGAGUCACACUAUAUAUAUGGCGGAUGUCAGCAUUGUUGUCCACGAUUCCGUGGCGUCGUGUUCACCGGGUGUGGGUGCUUUCGUGUAUUCUUUUUCCGAAAAAAAUCCUCUUAAAAUACAGCAGCCCUUCACUCACACAAAAAUUCAUCUAUGCCCUAUAUAGAUGAACUAGUCCAUUUAUUCGUAGUCCACUCAUACCCUGUAAUGCAAGAAUGUCCUUUACACACACAGCAUCCUCCAUCCUCUCACACGUAAUCACAUCUGUUCACCACAUUAGAUCUCCCAUGUCCCGCCAUGCCCUGCAUCGUUACCCAUCCUCCCACUUGCACAACAAACUCUUGCCCUGCAUAACUCAAAUAACUCAGCAGAGCUCUGAGCUCAGAGAUGCUGCGGGCUCUUGAGCAGUAAUGAUUAUAACAAUAACUUUCAUUCAGUAUAGUGCACUGACGUCACAAGCCACUGUCGAGGGCAUCACCAUCAUCGUCACGCAGCAGGAGUAUCUUAUCCAGCCUUUUUAUUACUUUAUUUCCGUUUAUUGUCUCGUAAUGUAGCUAGGAGCGUAUAAGAUCUCUUGAAUUUAUUUAAACUUCUAAUCCAAAGUAGAUCACUGUGCAUUUUGCGCUAACUUUUGUAGUAUUAAUAGCAGGGUUAUUUGCAGUACUAUAGGUGGUAGGUAUAGUUAUACGUAUAAGAUGGAAUAGUAUUAAUAACAAUAGCCGGCAAGACUGUCGAGGGCGUUAAUAGUUUCAGCCAUAGAACACAUUAAUUGUUGCUUUCUUGCCUGAAAGUGAACUAAUUGGCACAGCACGUCAUUCAUUGCGAAGGCUAAUGGAUUAAUUAAAUCACGUAGUAAAUACAUCUCUUCUGGGGGAUCCUAAGUUACCGAGUCCAUGGGAAGGCCAAGACCUUGGGCGACUCGGAGUUGCUGCCGUUGCUGCCCUUAAUUUGGUCUUACUUUCCGAGACGCUAGAGUAGUUCAAAUGAGUCAUGACCUUAUUAAUUAAUAUUUAUUAUCAUUGGACCUUAUCAUGUUUCGCAAGCAGAUAUUCGGAUCUCAAUCAUCCAACCUUGAGAAAUAAAUAUAACACGAUUCAUAUAAACUGACGCGUUUAUUCCCAUACCGAAAGUAUCU